AUGGCAUUGACUCGGGAGCUAUUCUCCUUCCUUCUAUGCACCGCCAUGAACACGGUUUACCACUGUGAAGCAACAGCUCCACCCCCUCCCCCGACCGGGCUCAACUACCGUUGGCUGGACCCGUUUACUGUCAACGUGUCCUGGCAGCGGCCCAGGGGUCUGCAGGACGGGGAGGACUUGUACAUGUACCGCGAUCAAACUGAUAAAUCUCCACAAACCGUGCACUCCUCGUGCACGAUUUGGAGAUAUUUCACAGACAGCUUUCUCACAGAAGAGAUGGGCUCUGAUCGUCGGACGUACCACGUUUGGACAGUUGGCAGUAAAUCCUGUGGUUAUCAUUUGAACAAGAGCACAAGCGUGCCCAUUACCGUUCAUACCCUUAAGCCCCGAGCUAAAGUGAAGGACUUCAAAUGUUUGAUCAACGCCACAGGAAUGAACUGUUCCUGGAGCCCGGAGAAUAAACCCAUGGAUCUCUAUUGGGUUCUUGGUAAUUUUUCGAAGGAGUUAAAGAAGUGCGAUCGGCCUUACAGCAGUGCGCUAAGGAGCGGUUGUUACCUGAACGUCAAUGCUGUCAAUAAUGACAUCUACAUACUGCUGGACACUGGAGCUGCCUUCAGCACUUUUAAACCUGUGCUUGAAAUACCUUCACCAAAGCUGAACAUCAGUGCCGUGGGGGAUAAAUUCAACCUGAGCUGGCCCCCUCCAGUGGUUGGGACUUAUUGUCAUUGGGUAUACGAGGUCUGCUACAAGAAAUGCAAUGAGCCCAAAGUAUGCUUGAACUUCACCCCACCCGGAGAGCCUGUCCAGAUGCCCUACGAUGAAAGAUGCCGUUACGAGUUCCAAUCCCGAGCCAGGACUAGUCCCUACGUCAAGGAAAUAUUCAGCGGCUUCGGUGACGUUGUAUCUUAUGGUACUGAUAAGCCUCCUGACAAGACACUGAUGGUGGUUGCCAUCGUCGUCCCCAUCAUUCUGUCUGCCUGCAUCAUUCUGUCCUGCUACUGCUUCCGAAGGCACCGCUCCAUUAUUUGCCCCACCAUACCGGAUCCUUCCGCAAUAUUCAAGGAAAUGAUGAACGGAAACAAAGAUUUUAAGACCACAACAGGGAGUCUGUACACGCCGGUGCCGGAACCGGUUCAACCCUGCAAAAUAUUGCUUGCAACCGUGUAA